CUCACUCACUGUCUCUCUCACACGGCCUCUGUCACUCACUGUCUCUCUCUCUCUCACGGCCUCUCGCUCCCACGGCCAAUGCUGCAGCGUGAAGAGGAUUGAGGCUACGAGCAGCCGCUGCUUGCUACUGCUGCUGCGGAGAGCAAAAGAGACCGGCGCUGCCGCGCAGACGGCAGAAGGAGAGGAGGCGAGACAGGAGGGGAGCUCGAAACAUCGGACAUGAGCGCGGAGAGAUACGCGGCGAGGAAGAGAAAGAAGCCGUCCGUGUUUGGGCCCAAGUUCUUGAUAGGCGAAGGCAUUCAUAACAAUGCCAGCAAGAGGCACCGGGACCGCCUCAACUCGGAGAUGGAGGAUCUUGCGGCCGCCCUCCCUCUGCCUCCGGCCGCCAUUGCCAAGCUGGACAAGCUGUCCGUGCUGCGGCUGAGCGUGGGGUACCUGCGUGCCCGCGCCUUCUUCCAGCAGCUGGACACCAUGGGGAGGAGCUCGCCACCCCCGCCAGACCAGACCCUCACCAAUGCCAUCGACAGCGGCAGCGGCAGCAGCAGCACGAGCAGCAGCAGCAGCAGCAGCACGAGCAGCAGCAGCAGCAGCUCCCCCUCAGCCCAGCAGCUGGAGUUCGUUCCCUUCCCUCCUCGAGAGCAACUCUUACCCGAGGAGCAGCUCCCUUCUGACGAGUGUCACCUCUGGCACCACAAGGAGCCAUGGAAUAGCCCUCUGGCCGUCGUGGUGCCGGCCGAUUGCCCGGCUGCGUCGUCCCCACCUCUGUUCGCCCCACGUCGGCCCAGCCCCACGUCCUCGUCUCCCGCGGACGAGGCAGACGCGGCGCCGGGUUCGGUCGCGGAAGCCGGCCUCGCCACCGUUGAAGAAGAAGAAGCAUCGCCAGCAUCGCCACCGCCGCCGUCCCCGCUCGCACGCCACAGGGAGGAGGAGGAGGAGCAGGAGGAAGAGGGCCGAGCGGUGGUGCCGUGCGAGGGGGGCGGCCGCCUGGUGCUGCCGCCAUUCCCCGGUCUCAUCGACCCCGAGAUGCUGCUCGAGUCCAUGAGUGGCGUCCUUUUGGUGAUCAUGGCUGAUGGGAUGGUGUUUUACGUUUCACAGAACAUCCAGCAAUACCUGGGUUUCAACCAGACGGACGUGAUUCUGGAGAGCGUCUUUGAUCUCAUCCACGCGGACGACCGAGCCGUGUUCCAAGCACGCCUCUGCUGGGAGGAGACGGAGCGAUGUGACUCUGGAGAACAAUCGACGGCGGUGUCUGAACAGCAGCGCAACUUUUCCUGCCGCUUCCGCUGCCUGCUGGACAACAACUCUGGGUUCAUGAUGAUUCAGGUGCAGGGCAAGUUAAAGCGGCUGGGCGGCGGCGGCGUUGGCUCCAUGGGCGCAGGUGGUGGUGGACCGGCGCUGUUUGCCCUUGCGGUUCCGCAGAAUCCCAUGCUGCCCACGGAGCUGCGGCUCUGGAACAUCAUCUUCACCACGAAGCACAAGCUGGACUUCUCCACGCUCAGCCUGGACUCCAAGGCCCGGCUGGUGCUGGGCUACACUAACGUGGAGUUCCGGAGGCGCAAAGCGGUCAACUUCCAGCACCUGGGCGACAUGCUCUACUUGAAGGCAAACAACCUCAUACUGAUGAGGAACGGGGAGAGCGAGCCCGUGGUUUUCCGCCUGCUCAGCAAGCAGGGCAAGUGGCUCUGGGUGAAGGCCUCCGCGCGAAUCAUCUACCGCAAGGGCAAGGCCGACUUCAUCAUCGCCACGCAGUUCUUGCUCCGGGACGAAGAAGGAGAAUAUUACCUGAAGAACCGAAAUCCCGAAUGCAAGUUUGACGUCACUGGUGAAGCGAUUGCUGUCUCGCAGAUCCCUCCCAUAACUUCCCAGCAGCCCAAAGCCAAACUGUGCCGCAGCAGCAGCAGUGAUAACAGGAGCAUCAGUGGCGGCAGCAAAGCCGGCCAGGAGCUUACAAAGAGAUUGACAAGUAAAGCGAAAAUUACGGACAGGCCAAAGAACGGCACCUGCGUCACUGCGGAACCCGCGUUGACUCUGCGGGACACUAAGACCUCCCUGUACACCGGAAAGAUGGCCCAGGAAAAAAGAGACAUCUACCACCGGGCCGGGACCUAUCCAAGCAGCCUUUCUUCAAGCAGCAGCCCCGACUCGGCGGAGAGCUUCCCCUCCGAGUGGGAGGAGCGUCUGACCGACCCCUCGACCCUCCCGGACGACGCCUUGGCGAGGGGCAGCCCCCCUGGUCGGGGCUUGUCACAAGGGGUCCCAGGCUCAGCGCUCAGGGACGGGGCAUGUGGACAGCUCGGGCUGGUGGAGCACGCUAGGAAGGAGGAGAGGGACUGUGGAUUCCUCAGCCUCCUGAACAGACACGACAUGACGGGCUUGGACGUGGUCGAGAUGCUGGGCAUGGAUGCGAUGGAAGCGUUGGACGAGGGUGACAUCACGGGCAGUGAUCGCGUCUCCAUUGACGAGGUGCUGGAGGGGGUGUUGCGAGACAUGGAUGGCGCAGUGGGCCGCUCCGACGAGGAGGCCCUGCUUCACCCGAGCCUCGCCGAGGGCCUGCCGCCCUCCGUUUGGAUGUUCCUGCAGAGCAUGGACCAGGCGAGUGUCACUCGCUGUGAACAGACGGUGCCUCAGCUGUCCCCCGAGGGCCCGGCGUCCGAAAGUCCCUCCGACGAGCAGCUGGACGUCAUCAGCGACACCGACGUGGACCCUUCGUUGGAGCUUCCUGAGGACCUGGGACCCCUUAAGUCCACCGCUAGAGCUCUGAACACGUGCCCGGUGCGAGGCAUUAUUAAAGAGUGCAACUGAAGACUGCCGCGGCUUUCGAGCACCGCUUGUUUCUGCUGCCUGGCUCCUCUGUCGUUCGUGACAUCGGCCUCAACAGCCAAGGCAGUGGGCGGUAUUCAGGGUAAGAGCCAUAGAUCGCGUCGGUCAUCGCUCCCUGCCAUAAACGCGACUGCGUGCGGACAUUUCCGAUCAAAGCUUUCAAAGGUGGACAUUUUUUUAAGAGAUAUAGGAUCGAGUUGUACUGUAGGACCCCGUUUCAACAGAACUUGAGGCCAUGCUCAUGUCUCCACAUUGUGAGGCAACUCAAGCUGGCUUCCCAAUCCAGGCCGGGGCACAAAAUCUCACGGACGAUUGCACUUCCUGGAGCUGCCUCAUCCAAAUUCCGCAUCAGAAUAUGGGCCGAGCGGUUAAUUAUAUUUUGGGGAAAGACCUCUCCAAUUCACACGCUUAUAACUCGAGCGGCUCGGAAAGCCUCGGACACCUCGAAUUCUGGGAAGAAUGAUGGGAACGAGGCGUGUGAAAUGGGCAGCUUAAAACUCUCGGCAUACGGUGAUGAAUGACAAAUGACUUGAUUCGGUUGCGUAUGGAAUUAUAAAAAAGUUUUGUAACCUAUAAUUAUUUCAUAAAUUCAGGUAUUCAGAAUAAUUACACGCGACUACAUUGACCUUCCAUGAACAGUGACCAAAAUGUUGUUGUACCUUUUAAUGCUUUGGCAACUUUUACGUAUGUUAUUUCGUGUGCCAUUAUAGAUGUAAUAUAUAUAUAUACUUCCUCUACAAUGUAUUCCUCGGUCUGGCGUAAAACAGGGCGACUGUUAUAUUUCAUUGCCUUUUGUUUGCUGCGUAGAGGCGUUCUAACUCCAGCUGACUCGGCUUUGUACGUGCUCACCACAGCCAAUGCAAACGAGACACCUGUACGGAGUCGAGUCUCGGCCAGUGCUAUGCCCUUGUGUAAAGUUGCAAUAAUGAGCCUGUGAUGCAGUUGUAACUAAACAGAUGCCAAUGACAAUACGAGAACAAAUUUUGGCGAUUGUGUAACUGCAUUGACAUAUCUCAUCAGAAAUAUACACUAACUCCCAAAACAUCGUCUGGCAUUGUUUUUUUUAUAUAUUUAAGGGAUUUGUGAGAGUGAAUGAAACAAUGACCUUUGCAGGGUACAAAGUUGAGAGCUCAUUGAGACAAUAAUUGUAUUCAUUCAAUUGAAAUGAUUGUUGUUCAUAGUUUAUAAACAAGCAUUGCCUAUA